AUGUCAUUUUCUCCUCAAAAGAAGCCAUUUUUUAAAGUGGCGCGUCUUAUACAUGCAGUGAUCAAUAUUAAUUAUAUUUGCAAAAUAUUACAGGUGAUUUUUGAAGGAGACUCAAUUUUCAGAAAGGUGAUACUAAAUCGACCAAACAAGUUCAAUAGUUUGAGUUAUGAAAUGGUUUCUCAAAUGCUAAAGAAUUUAAGAACAUUUGAGAUGGAUUCUAGUGUCAAAUUUGUUAUUUUGAAGGCAAAUGGAAAAGCAUUUUGUGCUGGAGGUGACGUUGUUUCAAUUCUUGGUUCCAUGAUGACAGGACAUUGGAGCUUUGGAGCUAGAUUUUAUAAGAAACAAUUGAAUUUGCACUAUUUAAUUGCUACAUAUAAGAAACCUCUGAUUCCAUUUAUUGAUGGUAUCGUAAUGGGAGGUGGUGCUGGACUUUCAAUGCAUGGAAGGUUCAAGAUUGUUACAGAGAAAACUGUAAUUGCUAUGCCAGAAGCUGCUUUAGGACUAUUCUCAGAUGUUGGGGCAUCACAUUUUCUUUCUAGGCUCCCAGGACAUUUUGGAGAAUAUUUAGGACUUACAGGAGCUAGACUAAAUGGAGUAGAGAUGCUUGCAUGUGGCUUGGCUUCACAUUUUGUUCUCUCCAAAGAUUUGCCUUCAUUGGAAAAUGCACUCCAAACACUAACAUCAUUCGAGAAUGCAUCAAUUCAUGAAGUUAUUCACAAAUUUUCACAAACUCCUAACCUUAAGGAUGACAGCAUUUAUAAGAGGUUGGAGAUAAUUAAAGAAUGUUUCUCCAAAGAUAGAGUUGAGGAGAUCUUACUUUCUCUUGAAAACGAGGCAAAAAUGAAAGAGGAGAAUUGGAUUACUAUGGCAAUAAAAUCCAUCAAAUCAGCAAGUCCUCUAAGCCUCAAAAUUACUUUAAAAUCGAUAAGAGAAGGACGACAGCUGAACCUGAAGCAAUGUUUAAUUCGUGAUUAUACAAUCUUUUGCAAUAUUAGCCGAGCAACUGUUAACAAGGAUUUUUACGAGGGUUCAAGAGCAAUGCUAUUUGAUAAAGAUAAAAAACCAAAGUGGGAGCCGCCAAUACUAAAAAUGGUGAGCGAAGAUAUGGUCGAUCGUUGUUUUGCUGCCAUUAAUGACGAUGACUGGAAAUAUUUGAAACUCCCACCUUCAAGAUUGGAAUUCUUUAAGUCGAAGCUCUAGAUGCUCAAAUCCACAUUUGAUAUAUUUUACUGCA